AUGGUCAUCUGUGGCAAAAACUACCAUAGAAUAAGUUCCCUAUUGCCUGCAGAAGGUGAGAGGCCAAAGUUUGCUCAGCUGUAUAUGUUUGAGCUAGAAAAUGAAAUUGAUAACAGGUUAUCCAGCUUCGCUUCGCGUGACUCCCAUCUUAUGCCAGAAUUGCUGACUUCCUUACUUCAAAUGUUAGAUCAGCACAACGAAUUGGUCAAGACAUUCAGGCGAAUUCGGCAGCAGCUGCAAACCUCUGACACCCCAAAUAUGAAGCUCAGAAUAUUUGGUGCUAAGAGUCGAAACCGGCAGAAUGAUUUGCCAACCAGCUCUGACAUUGCUGCACUAAUUCCAGGAGAUUUUGUGCCAAACAGAGAUGAUCGGGACAUAAUUGUCGAUCACAUUCACGAAGGCCUGAAGCGCAUCACCAGUCUGAAUCCUAAGUUCGAUGCUCUGCAUUUCCCUUUGUUAUUCCCCUAUGGAGAAGAUGGUUAUCACCCACUCAUCAAGUACAACGCAAGAUGUUGUCAUACUCCAUCGGAUUGGGUUCAGAUCCCGCAGAUCUUUUUGGUGGACCAUGGCACUCACCCCAUUGGCUCCAUUACAGAAGGCAUUUAUGAUAUGUUUCUACAUAACUACAGGCAGCCACAGUACCUUGCAACAAGGGCAAUCAUAACUCCAAAAAAUACAACAGUGACUGAGAUUAAUUCAUAUAUGCUGCAACAAGUACCAGACAUAACAAAAACAUACUACAGUUCAGAUUCACUCCAACAAUCAACAGAGACAUCUGCUUCAUUAGAAGACUGCUAUCCAACUGAGUUUCUCAAAACGCUGACUUUCAACGGAGUUCCUGAUCAUGAGCUCAUCCUUAAGAAUCAUACACAAAUCAUGCUUCUACGCAACCUCAGCCCUGGACUUGGCCUGUGCAACGGUACGUGGAUCAUGAUAACGUCAUUGGGUGACAAUGUUAUCCAAGGAACCAUCAUGGGAGGUUCCAAUGACAGUGACGAUGUUAUCAUUACAAGAAUUGUGCUUAAUAUAGAAAAUUCAAGGUGGCCAUUUAUACUUAAAAGGCGUCAGUUCCCUGUACGCUUGUGCUAUGGGAUGACCAUAAACAAAAGCCAAGGGCAAACGCUAGACAAGGUUGGGAUAUACUUGCCUGAUCCAGUUUUCAGCCAUGGCCAACUGUAUGUGGGAGUUUCAAGAGUGAGAUCGGCCAAUGGCCUAAGAAUACUCAUUGACAACCCUGCUGACAUACCAGGAGACUACACCAGGAAUAUCGUUUUCAGGGAAGCAUUCACUGAUAUACUACAAGCUUAG